UUCACGCUAUUCCACACACUGAAUCAAUUGAAGCACUAUGUCCAUUCUAUAUAACACCCCUCUAAUGCCUUUGCCAUCACCGACGCUGCCUCUUUCUUUGAACAACAAUCUCUCAUUUACUGCUAUUUCCUUCUCCAUUUCAAAGCCUACACGUAACCUAAGACCACCACUACAACGUCACCCCUCUUCUCAUCCUUCUUCUUUACCACGUUGUUUCUCUUCUCUGUCAGAAAUGGAUGGCACAGUUGGUCAAUGUCUUUACCCACUACACCGCACUAAAACAAUUCACCUGGUUAGGCACGCACAAGGGAUUCACAACGUAGAAGGAGAAAAGGACCAUAAUGCUUAUAUGUCUGAAGAACUCUUUGAUGCGCACCUUACCCCUCUAGGCUGGCGGCAGGUUGAUAAUCUGCGCAAGCACGUUUAUGAAUUUGGGAUCAAUAAGAAGAUUGAAUUGGUCAUUGUUUCCCCUUUGUUAAGGACUAUGCAAACAGCAGUCGGAGUAUUUGGUGGGGAAGGGUACACGGAUGGUAUAAAUGCCCCUCCAUUGAUGGUGGAAAAUGCAGGGAAAAGUAACCAUCCUGCAAUUUCAUGUUUACACUCUCCUCCAUUUAUUGCAGUUGAGCUUUGUCGAGAACAUUUGGGAGUUCAUCCAUGUGAUAGGAGAAGAAGCAUCAGUGAGUACCGGUCCAUAUUUCCAGCAAUUGAUUUUUCAUUGAUUGAAAGUGAUGAAGACAUUUUGUGGAGGGCUGAUAUCAGAGAGAAGGAUGAAGAAGUUGCAGCCAGGGGACAGAAGUUCUUGAAAUGGUUGUGGACUCGAAAAGAGAAGGAGAUUGCAGUUGUUUCCCACAGUGGAUUCUUAUAUCAUACAUUAAGUGCUUUUGGAAAUUAUUGUUAUCCAUCUGUGAAGAGUGAAAUAUGCAUGCACUUUGCGAAUUGUGAGCUUCGUUCAGUGGUCCUUGUUGAUAGAGGUAUGAUAGGAUCAGAUACAGCAAUAACUAAUUAUCCUGGAAAAAAACCUCAAGGGCUUGACCUUCCAAGUGAUUUGGCGGAAGAGAUUAAUCCGUCUUAAGUAAUAGUCUGUUCUGGUGAGAUGAAUCAGUAUUGAGUUGCUGAGUCCAUCAAAAGAAAUUGGAGGUACUUCAUCCCUACAAAACGAACUAGAGAGUUCAAUUUUUGUGAGCUUGCUAGCUCUGAUUGAAAAAUUCCAGAUAUUUUUUUUGUGUUCAAGUAGGUGUCAUCCCCAUGCAUUUUAGCUUAGUGUACGCAUAUGAACGGAACUAUUUUUAAUGAAUGAUUGCUAGUCUUCAUGUAAUAACUAUCAUUGUAUUUUCUGAACGUGCUAAAUGAUUAAUAAAGGAUACUAAACUCGUCAAAUUAUUAA